AUGGUUAAAGAUACAAAGCUAUACGAUCUAUUGAGUGUCUCUCCUAGUGCCAAUGAAAAUGAAAUCAAAAAAGCUUAUAGAAAAGCUGCUUUAAAAUAUCAUCCUGAUAAGCCUACUGGUGAUACUGAGAAAUUCAAGGAAAUUUCAGAAGCUUUUGACAUCUUGUCUGAUCAAGACAAGAGAACCCUAUAUGACCAAUACGGGCUUGAAGCUGCUAGACGUGGUGGUCCACAAUUUGACCCAGGCUCUGCAGGCGCUGGUGGAAAUCCUUUCGCUGGUGGACAACAUCCAUUUGGUGGAGGUUUCUCUGCUGGUGAUGCUUCAAACAUUUUUGAACAAUUCGCUAGAUCUGGUGGAAUGGGCGACGAUGCUGGUGGAUUCCAUUUCAGUUCUAGUGGUUUUGAUGGAUUUGGCGGUGGUUCCCCAUUUGGUGGGUUCGGUGGUAUGCCUGGUGGAUUCUCAAGUGGUGGUGCUGGUGGUAGAGCUAGUCGCCCAGAACCUGAAACAGCUCAAAUUAAAUUACCUGUUUCUUUAGAAGAUUUAGCUAAAGGUACCACUAAAAAGAUGAAAUUGAAUCGUAAAGGUAGAAAUGGUGAAAAAGAAGAAAAAAUCAUGAAUAUAACAAUUAAACCUGGUUGGAAAGAAGGAACAAAGAUCAAUUUCAAGAAUGAAGGUGAUUAUACCCCAUAUGGUCGUCAAACCGUUCAAUUCAUCCUACAAGAAAAGGCACAUCCUCAUUUCAAAAGAGAAGAUAAUGAUUUGAUAUACACAUUACCAUUAACAUUCAAAGAAUCCCUAUUAGGUUUUGAUAAAGUGAUAGAAAGUGUUGACGGAAGAAAAAUACCAUUCAGUAGAAGCUCCCCAGUACAACCCUCAUCAGAAAGCGUAUACCCAGGUCUAGGUAUGCCAAUAUCCAAAUCCCCAGGUCAAAGAGGUGAUUUGAAAAUUAAAUUUAAAAUUGAUUAUCCAAUUUCAUUAACACCUCAACAAAAACAAGCUAUCAGAGAAAACUUUUGA